CGACAAGAAUCUCGUCAAAGUUACGACAGUCAGUCCAACAACCAAACAUUCAGCGGCGAUUGAUUAAUAUCUGACUUUUCACUUUUCCUUUUACUCUGUGUGCUGCACAUGUCGAUUCGUAUCUGCCAAUUCAAAACGUGCACGGCCCCUGCUUCGUAUCAUGGAAAAUGCGACAGCCACCGCAUGCGAAGCGGAUGCAUGGUGAAGCACUGCCCCAACCAAGUGUAUGCCCGAAAGCUUUGCGUCAAACACGGAGGCAAGCAGCAGUGCCAAGCCGACGGCUGUGACGCCAAUGCACGAAGACACGGGUUCUGCUGCAAGCAUGGCCAGAAACCAGUCAAGAAGCCCUGCCUCGUCGAAGGUUGUGUCAAGUUUGCACAUUCGCGGCGCUUCUGCGCGGCCCACGGUGGCAGCCGCAAGUGCCGUGUGGACGCUUGCAGCACGUUUGCUCGCACAGAUGGUGUAUGCCAUCGCCACCGGGCCUUGUUGAAUGUCCACUGCGACAAAAUAGAGCCCCGUGGGGCCGGUGUCAAGUUGGACUCGACGUGCUACGGUGGCAUCACGUUCGUUGAAACGUUGGUGUACAGUGGAGAAUCGUUGUUCGGUAUACUAGUAUGUGACAAGGCGUACACCAUUGACAGCGUAGACUUGACCACAGAGGAUUCCAUGAUUUUGGAUUACUUAUUAAUGUAAACUGGUGUCGAUAACGAUGACUCUUUGACCUU